AAAAAGACCUCCCUAGGAGCCGACCUCUCCUCUGUCUCCUUCUCCCCCCUUCCCCUGUAGGCCGGACGGACGCACCAUGACGAGCUCCUCGACUCCAUCCCGGAAGGCGCUGAGCAAGAUCGCCUCCGGCCGGCUGCAGAAGGAGCUCGCCGAGUGGCAGGUCGGCCCGCCCGCCGGCUUCAGCUACAGGGUCUCCGAUAACCUCCAGAGGUGGGUGAUCGAGGUGGGCGGAGCGGCGGGCACGCUCUACGCCGGCGAGACGUACCAGCUACAGGUGGACUUCCCCGAGCAUUACCCCAUGGAAGCGCCCCAGGUCAUCUUCCUCAACCCGGCGCCGAUGCACCCACACAUUUACAGCAACGGGCACAUAUGCUUAGAUAUACUGUAUGACUCGUGGUCGCCUGCGAUGACUGUAAGUUCAGUCUGUAUCAGCAUCUUGUCCAUGCUGUCUAGCUCACCAUCAAAGCAACGCCCAGAAGACAAUGACCGCUAUGUUAGGAACUGCCGCAACGGAAGGUCGCCGAAGGAGACCAGAUGGUGGUUCCAUGAUGACAAAGUAUAAGGGGGCAUCGACCGGCUGUUCCUUAUUGUGAGAUCUCUUCCAAGGGGAGAUGAGAUGAUUUAGGCUUAAAUUCUAAGCGCCCCUCUUAUCAUACCGCAAAUCUUAACAUCCUGUGGUGGUUUGUACAUGUGUCGAAACGUGAAUAUUGUCACAUCGCUAUCAAAUGAGAUAUAUAGAAUAAGCAUUGACUAUAACCAGUCAGAUGCGCUGAUGAUUCAGGCACAGAAUAAGUGCAGAUUUUAUCUAUGAUUUGCUAAAUUGUUAGUGCUAGAUCUGUCUUUCUUA